AUGGCCAGCAUAAACCUCGUCGACCAUGUUCUAGAGAUCAUCGUAAGCGAAACUGGAGUGUCUCCCGAUGAGCUCUACAACGAUGUGUAUUUCGCCGAUCUUGGCCUCGAUGAUAUUCUCUCCAAGCUUAUAAUUGACCGCAUCGCUGAGGUUACAGCAGUGAACCUCGGCCCCAACGUCUUCCAAACCUGCGAUACGGUCGGAAGCCUGAAACAACAUUUGGCACAAAUUGCCUCGAGAACCACAAGCGGCAAGAAAAACACGAUGCCGAAGUUGAUUAGUACCAGGCCACAGACAAACAAGGACUCGGAUUUCAGGCAAGAAAAACCGUCUUCGCUGGCUAUUCGGCUUCAAGGCGACCCGCAGAAAGCGCAGCAUACCAUCUUCUUACUCCCUGACGGAAGCGGUACGGGCAUGGCAUACGCGCGAAUACCUCUUCUAGGUCCAGAAAUAUGUUUAUACGGCCUGAACAGCCCGUUCCUUUCCAGCUUGGAGGGAGCUACAGCCUGGUUCAACUGCAGUCUGGAAUAUCUCGCACAGCUGUGGAUUCCUGCGAUACGUAGCGUGCAGCACCGAGGGCCAUACAUCUUGGGAGGUUGGUCUGCUGGCGGGUACUAUGCAUUUGAAGUCGCCAAGCAAUUGAUCUAUCAGGGCGACAUGGUUUCCAAGCUUGUUCUAAUUGAUUCCCCAUGCCGGCUAAUUUUCGAGGCCCUGCCCAUGGAAGUCGUUUCGUACUUGAGCUCCCGGAAUCUCAUGGGCAAUUGGGGUGGCAGCAACAGGGGCACACCAGAAUGGUUGAUCAAGCACUUCGAUGCUACGAUCAAAUCUGUCGGUAAUUACACACCGACACCCUUAGAAUCAUCAGCACAAACAAGCAUGCCCGAAGUGUAUAUCUUAUGGGCGACUGAUGGCGUAUUGACCGACGGUGGAGUCGAGAGAUCAGGCUUAGAUAUGAGUGUCAAGGUGACUAGGUUCUUGCUUGACAGACCGCCGGACUUUGGGCCGCUGGGCUGGGAGGAACUGUUUCCAGGCAUGCGUCUCAAGAUUGCGAGGAUACCUGGAAAUCAUUUUACGAUUGUCCAUGACCCUUAUAAACUCGUCAUGAGAAUCACCAAAAUGAAUGGCAAUAUUACGACAAUCGAUGUCAAGAUUGAUGGAAAUUGA